AUGGAAUCAAUUAAGCAUAAGACUGAUUGACUUCGGCGAGGCAGGAGGCCUAUUAAUAUUGAUAUAAAAGAGAGAUCUUUAUUAGCCUCUAAAGUUGAAUGAAAAGUUAGUGUCUGGGAAAAGAAGUUUGCAUCUCAAAUGCUUGCUUGAUGAAAAUCGUUUGAAAGUGAACAAAGCGAAUUUAAUAUAAUUGGCAUAUAUAAUCUAGAGCCGAAUGAAAAAUCGAAAAAUUACUUGGCUGUAAUGGAAUGAAAAUUGGAAUCAGGCUGUGUGAUGAGAGGAUAA